UUUAGAGUUGUUAUCGAUAUAUUUGAAGCAUAAUCGAAAUCAAACGAGUUGAUAUUAACGGAAACGUAGCGAGCUUCACGUAUUACGUGUACAAUUUUAUUUUGUAUAUACGUAAUAAAUUCGUCGUGAUGUGGACAGCGAUAAAAUUUAGAUAACCCAACGUUGUUGAGCAUCAUGUAAUGGAGAAAGAAUACUAAAAAAAAGGAACAAGGGGGUGACGAAGUUGGGAGAAAUAAACAAAAAGUGGUCGUAAGGUGUUAAAAUUAUCAAACUUUCAAAGUUUGACACACCAAUGGCCUAUCAAACAUUUCGGCAGGAGUACCUGCAAAUGCCUGUGGUAACACGAGCUUAUACUACAGCUUGUGUCAUCACAACUCUUGCCGUGCAAUUAGAUUUAGUUUCGCCGUUUCAACUCUACUUCAAUCCUAUUUUAAUAAUAAAACAAUAUCAGUUAUGGCGUUUAAUAACAACAUUUUUAUUCUUUGGAAACGUCGGCUUCAAUUUCUUCUUCAAUAUGAUAUUUACCUACCGGUAUUGUCGAAUGUUAGAAGAAGGAUCUUUUCGAAGAAGAACAGCUGACUUUGUGAUGAUGUUUAUUUUUGGGGCAAUAUGUAUGAUUACAUUUGGGUUUUUUGUUAAUUUACUAUUUUUGGGUCAUGCGUUUACAAUCAUGUUGGUGUAUGUAUGGUCGAGACGUAAUCCAUUUGUUAGAAUGAAUUUUUUUGGACUUCUAAACUUUCAGGCGCCAUAUCUGCCUUGGGUACUUCUUGGAUUUUCUGUACUCCUAGGUAAUGCUAUUUGGGUAGAUCUUGUUGGGAUGGCUGUAGGGCAUACGUACUAUUUUGCUGAAGAUGUUUUUCCACAAAUAAGGGGAGGUUUUCGUAUUCUUAAAACUCCACAAAUAUUAAAAACGUUGUUUGACGCACAUCCAGAAGAUCCAGAUUACACUCCACCACCUGAAGAUCGGCCAGGUGGUUUCAAUUGGGGUCAAGGAGAUAUGUUAUAAUUAUUUUUCAUCUCCCUAUUUCCAUGAGCCAUCCAUUGUUAAUUGAUAAUAUCAAGUAAAUCAAUGAAUUUCUCUGUAAAUUUGUGAAAUUUCAAUUAUGUUUUGCAAUUUUUACUAUUUUACUAACAAAGAUUAAGCAAUUUGAACAUAAAUUGUAGAUAAUGAGAAACAUUUGUCGUAUAUGCUUGACUGUAUUACAAAAACUUCCAUCUGCUACCAGGGGUUACAAUUUUGUUUUCAUUUAAUUCAUUGCAAUUGUCUCUAUACAUCAGAUUAAUUUAAUUGUUCAAUUAAUAUAUAUAUAUAUAUAUAUAUAAAGCAAAGAUCAAGAAAAAUAAUUUGUAGUGAUAAAAUAUCUUGGUGGAAGCAUUUAUUUAUAGUAGUAUAAUAAUUAAUAAUAAAAUAAAUAAUUCCAAAGUACAAAUCGAUUAAAUGUAAAGUUGAAGAGACACUACGUAUAUAUUAUUUUAAGUUUAUUUAUACUUAUCUUUAAAUGUUAAUAUAACUUUGGACUAGAUACAUAUGUUCAUAAUUAUUAUUCUACUGCAAUAAAAAAAAAAACAAAAAAAAACAAUCAAUCGUUACCAAAUGAAUUAGUAAUAUUAUCAAUUCGUUGUUACUUUUAAAAUAAAACUACCAGUCAAACUGUAUAUAUCUAGUAGAAUAUUCAAUUCCACUGUAAUUCCUCGAUAACAUUAAUUUACGUGACAAUUAAUUGAAAUCUUUGAAAAAGUACAAUUAUAAUAAAAUUGAAACCCCUGAUUGUAAAAAAA